GACAAAUAUUCUUUAAUUUUAUGACAAUUUUGUUUGUUUGCAACGUCUAAAGAUAGAGACGAGGAAAAGUGUUUACAAAUAGGGGUUGGUAUUAAGGAAGGGAAAACCAAAUUGUUAUGCUAAGGGCUUGUUUGACAUUGUUUUUUGUUUUUAGUUUUCUAUUUUUUAUGAAUACCAACAACAUGAUACAAGAAAAAAGUGUUUCUACUUUUUUUGUUGUCGGUUUUCUAAAUUAUCAGGAUUUUAAUAAGUUUGACCAAUUUUUUUACUCAUUAUGACACAUAUAUUAUUUUGAAAAUCAAAAACCAAAAAACAGAAAACCAUAACAAUGCUAAACAAAGCCUAAGUCAUUUGUUUAAAAGUAUCAAUUGUAGCUACCUCUAAUGUACCUUAUCAGAAAUUUAGUUUUUUAAUUGACCGAAAAGUUAACUUAAUUAAAUUUUCGAAUUCAAAAUAGUUUAGCACCUUGCCUAUUCAGCAAUAGUUUAGGUGGCCAUCCGUAGCCGUGUAAACGAAUAGGAGUCAACUGGGAAUCAAUAGCAAGUCCAUCAUCAUCCUCAUUCACAGUCAAUCUACACUCUGUCUGUAAACUAAAAAUUUCCAAAAAAUGCUGUCAACUUCCAAUUUCAUCUCUCCCCAACAAUGAUCAUGAUGUCUGCUCAUUCUUCAAAUUCUCCGCUUCCUGAUGAUCGCAUCGUCGUGGGGUGUGGGGGUGCAACAAUGGACUAUCUGUUAAUGGUGGAUGGCUUCCCUAAGCCUGAUGAAAAGAUCAAAGGCACUUCCUCCAAGGUUCAAGGGGGCGGCAAUGUUGGCAAUGCUUUGACUUGUGCUGCUCGUCUGGGCUUACGACCUAGAAUAAUUGCCAAGGUUGCUGAAGAUGCUGAGGGAAGAGGCAUACUAGAAGAGCUUGAAGCUGAUGGUGUGGAUACUUCUUUUAUUGUGGUUUCUGAGGAAGGUCGUUCAAUGUACAGUUAUGUGAUUGUUGACAGUAAGAUGAAAACCCGGACUGCUAUAUACUAUCCAGGAUAUCCUCCCAUGAUACCUACUGACUUUUCUGGCUCUAGUUUAUCUUCUGCUUUAAAUGGUGCCAACCUUGUAUAUUUUGAUGGACUUUCACUAAAAACGGCUUCAGCUGUUGCAAGAGAGGCACGUCGUAGAGGUAUACCAAUUCUGGUUGAUGCAGAAAUGGGAGAGGAAGGGUUUGAUAAACUUUUAAAAAUGUCAGACUAUGCUGUUUGCUCAGCAAAAUAUCCUCAGGCUUGGACAAAUGCACCAUCUAUGGCAACUGCACUUGUUUCUAUGCUAAUAAGAUUGCCAUUGUUGAAAUUUGUGAUUGUUACCCUUGGUGAAGAGGGGUGCAUAAUGCUACAGAGAAGUCAUAAAGCAGAUGAUGCUCAGUUAGAAGAAAUGAAUGCGGACCAAUGUUUAGCUUCAUUAAACAAGAAAAAAGACAGCCAUAAAAGUUAUCCAACAUGUAUUUCAUCGUCAGUUUUAAAGCUGGAAGCACCUGGACUUGGAACACUCAGUGGAAGGUUGCUAGUUGGAACAGCUGAGAGAAUACCACACUUGGAGCUAGUUGAUACAACGGGAGCUGGUGACGCUUUCAUUGGAGCAGUUCUUUAUGCUUUGUGUACAGAUAUGCUCCCGGAGAACAUGCUGCCAUUUGCUGCUCAAGUGGCAGCUGGCUGUUGCCGAGCAUUUGGAGCUCGGACAGGUCUUCCACAUAUUACGGAGCCACGCUUGCAACCCUUCCUGGAUCAAAAGACAAGUACAUCACUUGCAUAAUGAAGUGUAACUUCAAGCCUAAGCCAAUUCCCUAAACGAAUGGUUUGCAAUAUCUCUUCUGCACCUUCUGUAUAUUUUGCUUGUUAAAGCUAAGCAAUGUUAUUAUGUACAUAUAUUCCUCCGUCCCAAGUCAUCCUGGCUAGGUUGUAAAUUGUUCAAGCCUAUGUAUUGAAUAUGUUGUAAUGUUGUAUAUUAAUGAUGAAUAAGGUUUGUUCA